AUGUACGCAAUGACGCCAGAACGAGCACGGGAGUAUGGUUUCGUGUCCUACUACAACCACACCGGGAGUGAGGCAUCAGACAAACUAGCGAACAACAUCACACUAACAGGCGAAGAAUGGGCGCAACUGCUGACCAGUCCCGUGCAGUUUAUACUGCAGAGUGGCGGCUGGGGAGGUGCUGGUUUCGACGUGACGGUACUCCCACAAUUAUUGUUGUGUUUGCCGUGGACCCUCGCCUUUUUGAUCUUUCGUAUUUUUGCCCAAAGGCAGCUUUCGCGGUUCGGACUCUGGCUACAAGUCGUGGUGCCAAAGGAUGGCAGUAAGGCAACUUUGAACAACGCACAGCGCCGAAAACUGAGGAAGUUCCAGAAUCAGGUAUGGCUAACCGUCUAUUACAUCAUAUCCGCUGUAUUUGGAUACGCUGUACAGUGCACAAAACCGUGGUUUGGUCUUCCCGUGAGCGAGUCGAACCGCAUUGCCCUACUGACCCCGCAUCCUUACAAGCCUGAUGGGGGAUUAAUGUGCUAUUACCAGUCAGGACUCGGUUUCUAUUUCUCAGAAAUGCUGGCGCUUCCGGUAGAAAAUGACAUCAGGCGUUCCGAUUUUGUGGAGUACUUUGUCCAUCAUAUUGUGACUUGUGCGCUCAUUGUUUUCUCCCACUGCAGUUACGAGCAUCGCUUCGGGGUGUACGUGCUUUUCAUUCAUGAUGCGAGUGACAUCAUGCUGGCCGCCGGAAAAGUCAUCAACUAUGUUGUAUCUGCAGAAGGUAAGCGCGCGCAGAGAUUAAAAAACAAUGGAGGUGGGGACAAACAAACAAAGGCGAAGCCCUCCCUUCUCUAUAGAGUUAUAUUUAAUGAAAUCACAGUAAAUGUAUGUUUUGCUUUGUUUACCCUAUUUUUCGUAUUCUUCAGGUUGGUGUGCCUGCCCUAUUUGGCUUUAGCGAAUAUCGUAUACGGAGUGAAGAUACGGAUGUUCACGGGGAGUUACUGUCUCCUCAUUAUUCUUCUGCAAGGAGUCCUGCAAGGACUACAUGUCUAUUGGUUCACACUCAUUAUGAAAAUUGCAAUUAACUCAUUGACAGGGAAACGAGUAGAUGAUAUUCGCUCUGAAGAUGACGACGAUGGUGACGGUGUUGAGGGGCAGGCUGUACCAAAGAAUUCAAAACCUCAUAGGGAGUAG